UGUUUCUUCUUUCUACCUUUAACUUGUACCAUCUUUUCUCCCCGUUCCCCAUCGCCGUCACGUCCUCCCACCUUCUUUUUUUUCAACACUACUCAUACACAUACACAAACUUGGCCCGUCCGUUUUUUUAUUUCUCUCUUUCUCGGCUAGAGAUUAACUUUUUAUGUCUCGUUUCUUUUAAUACUUUUCUUCGAGAUUCCCUAAUCUGACUUCUGACUCGCCAACUAGGCACACACAACACAGAUAUCCACCUUUUACUUUUCUGCCACUUGCCCUACUUCGCCUUACUUUAGUUACUUGGUAACUUUACCUUACCGUGCUUUCACUUCUUUUCCCUCAUCUUUUGACGAACUUCCAACCGAGGGGAUCAUCGUGGGACAUAAUUCGGUAGGCUUCCCACGGACCCUUGUUUCCAGCUUGCCGUCGUGGUACCACCGGCGAAACGCUCAUAUGGAAUCCACGGUCAUCGGUGCAGUUUUUGUCUGAAACAUUCUGUCUGCGAGGCCCGCACUUAGAUUGGUACAUCUUAUGGAAGCAAAACUGCACUAUUUACCACAAUUAGCCCGCUGUCAAGUUUUCGGCGUUCCUUCGUGUUACAUUGGAUGCGCCGCCUUUUAAUCACCCACCAUGGCGCAGAAGUCCGAGGACCAGCCCAAUCCUUCGUCAUCCUCGAACAGCAAGGAACUCCCAGAUUCCGCCUCCGCGCCAAACAAAUUCACCUCACACACAUCAACAUCUGCACCCCCAACUCAACCACCAAAGCCUACCAACACCAAGGUAUCCGGCGAAAAUGCACUUGACUCACAACCAAUGACCAAGUCCACCUCGUCGGGAUCUAACCCGUCGAUUAAGGAGGCUAUGGCAGGUCCAUCUCCCUAUGGUACGCGUUCCCGAAAUCGCGGCCAAGCGCGGCCAAAUUACGCAGAGGACAAAGAUGUCGAUGUGGAUAUGUACGACGCCUACGCGGAGAAAAAGGACGAAGAGCCUAAGAAAUCUUCGCGACAGGUGAGUGCAUCCACAAAUGGCACGAGCGAUGCACCGAAAGCUACGAGUUCGACAUCACGAAAGGGAGCAGGACCAGAGGAUGGCAAAGCUGGGGCAAAUGGUAAUGCCGGUAGUGGUUCGCACACCACGGCAAAGGAUUCGCAUUCGACGGCUAACCCGACAUCAAAUACAACAUCUACCACUACCUCUACCAACCCUUCAAAGAAGCGAAAAGCACCAGCGCAAUCGAAUGCAAGCAAUGCGAAUAGCCACGCGAACACGCCGACGCCGACAAGCUCUAACACCGCGACGACGAAACGAAAUGGCAUGAACGUGAUGACCCCUACACAGAAUGGCAGUAACGCAGGAUAUAAAAUGACCAAUAUGCUGUCCUUUGAAAAAUAUGGCGCGACUCCGAAAGAUGGGAAGAUGGUGGCGGACGAUGGCACAACAUUACAGGCGAACGACCACGUAUACCUUGUAUGCGAGCCACCAGGGGAACCAUACUAUCUAGGGCGUAUCAUGGAGUUUCUCCACGUGCAAAAUGACGUUGCGAAGCCUGUUGAUGCACUGCGAAUCAAUUGGUACUAUCGACCAAAGGAUAUCGGCAAGAAGGUCAAUGACACGAGACUGGUCUUUGCCACUAUGCACUCGGACAUCAGUCCGCUAACCGCAUUGCGCGGUAAGUGCGAGAUCCGCCACAAGGCCGAGAUCGAAGAUAUGGAGGCAUACCGAAAAACACCCGAUUGCUUUUGGUAUGAAAAGCUUUAUGAUCGCUACAUCCAAAAGAAUUACGAUGUAAUCCCAUGUUUUCAAAUUGUUAAUGUGCCCGAAAGGGUAAAGAAAGUGUUAGAUGAAAGGUGGAAGUACAUUCUGGUGGAGCAGGGUCGGUCCAAGGAAUUUACAAGUGCCGUCAAGCUUUGUAAGAGAUGCAGUGGGUAUUGUGCAAGCAAUGACUCCGUUGACUGCGCCGUCUGUCAGCAGACGUAUCACAUGAACUGUGUCCGACCACCUUUAUUAAAGAAACCGUCACGUGGUUUUGCUUGGGCUUGUGCUGCAUGCAGUCGUGCCCAGGAGAGGAAAUUGGAGGCCCGACAUACCCCCAGUUUAGUAGAUUCCCACCCAGAAGCUGAAGAAGAGGAGACUUGGGAGGAUGAAGACGAAGUUAUCGAUACUAAUCGUACCAGUCCGGUGGAUGGCAUUGACGACUCUCACCAGCCGGCGACAGCCGAACAAAUUUACCAUGCGAGCCUAUGGCCUUACCGAUACCUAGGCCAACAUUGCAAGGUAGAAGAUGCCCUCGAUUACGACGACCGGAUCUAUCCUCGAGCCGGUUCUCGUUUGGGACCUAAACACCAAGCUACCGUUCUUCCUUGGCCUGGUCGUCCUGUCAAAUAUGUGAAACCUUUAGAGAUCAAAAAAGUGGGUAAGAAGGAUAGCAAGCAAGCAAAAGAGGCCCUUGCAGCCCUCGAAGCUGAGAAAGCCGCUCGUGAGAAACGUCCGAGAUGGGUUCAAGAUGAACCUGCGGGAUAUGUCGCACGCGGCGAGGACUACGAUAAUGACGACCCAAACAAUACAGCACAGCUAUUGUGGAAACCCUUGAACGAGGUCGAUACGGAAAUCACAGAACAACAGCUUGAUGCGUACGUGGAAAAUUCGAGGGCAAAACUUACCCCCAUGUUCAGCCUUCCCAAGGAAUCCACUAACGUUCGAGACGUGGCUAUCAAUACCUUAUUCAAAAAUGAUUAUGACAUUUCCAAGGCCUCUAAAGCGUUAUUGAAAGUUGACAAGUCCGAAUUCAAAGAGCCAGAACUCAGUCCCGCUGAACUCAAGAAAUUUGAAGAAGCGGUGACGAAAUUUGGCUCGGAGCUUUAUUUUGUUACGAAGCAUGUAAAGACAGUCAAGCAUUCGCAGAUCGUCCGCUUUUAUUACACAUGGAAAAAGACAGACCGAGGAAAGCAAAUAUGGGGUAAUUUUUCGGGCAGAAAGGGCAAAAAGGAAGCUAAGAAGGCUGAAGCCACAGCAAAUAAGCUUCAAGAUGAUGUUGCUGAUGACCAGGACGACUCGGCGUUCGACACCGAAAAGGCUCUCAAGCUAAAGAGAAGUUUCGUGUGUAAAUUUUGCCUUACCAAAACUUCACGGCAGUGGCGACGGGCGCCUAACAGCGCCACUGGCCUAGUAACCGAGGGACACGGCAAACACGCAAAUAAGGACAAGGGGAUUCAAUAUGUCGCCGCCUUAUGCAGACGUUGCGCAGAGCUCUGGAGACGAUACGCUAUACAGUGGGAAGAUCUGGAGGACCUUGCUAAGAAAGUUGCUGCGGCUGGUGGCCGUUCAUGGAAACGGAGGGUUGACGAGGAACUACUAAAGGAGCUUAUGGCGGCGAACGAGAUGAUGAACAUGACGGUUUAUAACACACCGAAUGGAUCAACGGCGAUGGCACAAAGUUCAGCGGCAGCACCUGCUCCACAGCCCAACGGCGCCGAACCGCCGCCGCGCAAGAAGCUUAAAACCAUCGCCGACAAAGAAGCGGAGGCCAAUGGUUCGGACUCAGGCACUGCCGCUAACCAUGUCCAGCACAAAAAGAAGGAAAAAGUCGUGGAAAAGCCCCCGCCACCCCCAGCACCUGAACUACCGAAACCCCGAACGCUUCCGUGUGCUAUAUGCCAUCAAAUGGCUCCUAUAGGAGAUUCUGCUCAUCUUUCUUGUAAAGAGUGUCGACUUACUGUUCAUCGAAAGUGUUAUGGCGUUAUGGACAAUCGUCUUCCUGGUAAAUGGACUUGCGACAUGUGUCUCAACGAUAAGAACCCGCAAGUUUCCAUUGAUUACAAAUGUGUCCUCUGUCCUGUAGAAUUUACGGAACACGACUUUGUAGAGCCACCGAGGACUAGCCAUAAGAAAAAGACGGAGAAGGAGAAGGAGAAGGAGCGACAUGAUCGUGAACUCGCACAAAAGGCUGCAGAUUUCUAUCGCAAGAGACAGGAAGAACUAAAUCGGCCUGUGAAUCCUAGAGAGCCCUUAAAAAGAACGGCGGAUAACAACUGGGUCCACGUUACCUGCGCUGUCUGGAUGCCCGAAGUCAAGUUUGGCAAUGCUCUUGCUUUAGGUCCCUCUGAAGGCAUACCCUCGAUUCCACGAAGCAGAUAUGACGAGGCCUGCAAGAUAUGCAAGCAAAAAAAUGGUGCAUGUGUGGCAUGCCAUCAUUGUCGCGCCCCGGUUCACGUCGAAUGUGCACACCAAAACGGAUAUCUUCUCGGUUUUGAAAUUACCCCGGUGAAAGGCUCCCGCCGAGAUCAGCAUAACAUCGUCACUUUUGGAACAGAGACAGGGAUCAUGUCAGCAGUGGUAUGGUGCAAAGAACAUCAUCCCCAGAAGACCACAUUCCAUCGGAUGCACGACCCCGUACCCCAGCUUGAUGGCCAAAGCAAAGAUCUUCCACUAACCAAUGCCUUGCAAUUUUACGUCCAUAACUAUAAGCAAGCAGAUCUCACUCUUACGGGUAAUGUUCGAAAAGCGAACUUAGCCAACGUCAUCACUAAGAGUCCUACUGUGACAACUCAAGCGAACCAGAACCGAAGGCAAUCGACUACAACACCUUCCAGCUCAGCGCCAUCAGGUCAGAGGGCAUCAUCAAUCGACAACGCCACGGAUGCAAUUGCCACAAAUCCUCAAUAUGGCGACAAAGUGUGCAUUACUUGUGGCAUCGAUGUCAGCCCGAAGUGGUGGCCCACCAACAAAGAUCAACAAAAGAUCUUAUACAAUGAACAACACGUUAUUAGUAGUGAAGCGCAAAAGUUCGUCGCACAGAGAUCCGUGCAAUGCCAUAAAUGUAAGAGGAAUAAUCGGAAGUUAGUACCUUUCAGGAAGGCACCUUUAGAGAAACCAACCGAACCGUCGAGGCCUCCUCUCCCAUCUAUUCCCAAUACUUCAAUAAGCCAUCCACCCAACGUAUCGUCGCAUACUACAAACAGGAUUACAGAAGUAGGGAAUUCGUGGGGAUCACGAGCACCAGCGGCGCAAGUCACGACGUCUUCUACCAACUCGGCGAUUGCUGCCCCCCCUUUGCACGCACCAUCGGCGAGUGUCCCUCCACCGCUACCAUUAACAACUCCUCAUGCCACAACGAGUCCGAUGGCUGCUCCCGGUGGCCCGCCAGUAAACGCUCACCAUUUUCCUCCGAGCACUCCCUUUGGAGAUUGGCAUCGUAGCCCACCUCAACAUCCGCCGACGCUUCACCAAAUUAAUCAUCUUCGCGAUCUUCGGCCGCCACCAAUAGCCCCGAUGUCCCACCAUCAGGCACCACCGCAUCAACAUGGGCUUGGUCAACCCAUGGUCAACGGGCUUCCUCCCUCGCCGCCUCGCCGCGGCCCUCCUUCGGUUCAGAACGGCACUUCUCCGUUCAUGUCAUCAUACCAUUCAUCACAUAGUUCUCUGCAUACCCUUACAAACGGCAGCCCUCCCCCACGGGUCUCAGAGCACUCCUUCUCGCAAGGAUUACUUAACUCGCGUUCCCCAUUCUUAAAUACACAUGGAAGCCCACCCGUCUCCCGGGAUGGGAUCUCUAUGAGCCGUGAACCGAGUCUAAACAGCAGCGUGCCCUCACGAUCAAACGACGGCCGACCAGCGAGCGGCGCUAGUGCUAACGCAUCGCUGCGCAAUCUUCUGUCGUAAUCAUCAAGGGUCAUUUGACUAAAUUUCAGUUUGAGGGAUGUGGUUUAUUCGCAUAGCACUUUGAUUUUCCCAGUUCGGCGUUAGGGGACUAGGUUUCUGUAUAACUAGAGGCAUAUACCAAAGGCGCGAUGGUGGAUAGAGAUGCUCUAGUCGGGAUCUCAAAGUGAGACAAGGAGAGGUUACUACUUUGUCGGCUUUCGAGAUUUGUACAAUACCUUGAUUUUCAGGUUGGCAGAGACUACUUGGGAAAUUUAGUAGUCUCAGAUGUUAUGCCAAAGGCAAAAAUGCCAUGAGAUAGACGUGAGAGAAAGGAGCCAUUUUUGUCUAAAGAGGUGUCAGACAAAUGAAUGAACUCCGACAUAAUUGACAAAAAUGUUUUCAGAUGGAUUUUUAGUGAUAAUUCGUGCGUGAUGUAAAUAUGCUAUG